GCACAGGUAACAAGACCAGGAACAAAAAAUAAACAAAUGGGCCUGGGCCUAGCCAUAUUGGAUUGUGAAGGAAGCAGGCGACCCUGAUUGACGUAGCUACCACUAAAGAAAUCACGUGACGAUUGUACAGGUAACCAGACCCGGAAGAGAAAAGACCCGAAUCGCCAUGUUGGAGUGUGAAGAAAUCAUCUAAAAAUCUCAUCAAGGUGUCUGACCAUGUAUCCCCGUACUUGGGCCCAGGAUGUGUUACGGUGUCACCUCUGUGAGACCCCGGGCCCCCCUAUGUACUGUGACAUUUGUCAUAUACAUCUGUGUGUAGUCUGCGUUGGAAAACAUCUCCUAGAUGAGUCCAAAGAACACAAAGUAGUGCCAUUUAAGAAGAGGGGACUAAAUCCUAAAUGUUCCAAACAUUCCACACAAUUAUGUGACCUUCAUUGUGAACAAUGUAACAUUCCUAUUUGUGUGGAUUGUGUCUCCUCAGGUGAACAUCUAGGACACAAACAAGUUGGCAUUUUAAGAAUACUAGAUACUAAGAGAGAAGCCUUGAAAAAAGAUCUACAAGAAUUAGAAAAUUCCAUUUAUCCUAAAUACCAAGAGAUUGCAUCUAACAUCCCAGUUCAGAAAACUGAUCUAAAUAAAAAUUCCAAGAAAUUAACAACAGCUCUAAACAAACAUGGAGAAGACUUGCACAGAGAAAUAGACAUUGCCAUCAAGAAACUGAAAUCUGACGUGGAUGAAAUGGAAUCCAAACACCUGGUUGUCCUGAAUAAGCAGGAAAAUGAAAUCAAACACACCAUUUCUGAAAUCACAAAGUGCAUUGCUGAUCUAAAGAAAUUACUAAACUCCAAUGAUGUCAGCCUUGUCUCUACCUACAAAUCCAGGGUUGCUGAAUUCAGAAGAUUGCCUCCUAAACUCACAGUUUCCUUACCAAGAUUCACUCCUCAGAAAAUUAACAAAAAACAGAUUUAUCAGCAGAUUGGUUCUCUGUCAGCGUUAUCUAUCAAAACAGAAGAACAUGGCUACACAUUGGAUUCUCCUGGUGCUGAGUCCUCUCCCCCAGACAGACCGCUCAUUGAUGUACCACGGAUCAUCUCAGAAAUAAACACAGAGUAUGGAGAAUCUAAUAAAUUACGCUGUGUGUCCUGUCUGAGUGAUGAUGAGGUAUGGACGUGUGGUCUGGACAACAUGAUGAGACUCUACAACAUCCACAGUAAACUAGUGAAGUCAAUCCAAACCAAGUCAGGGAACAUACCAUUUGACAUAGCAGUGACACAGAGUGGUGAACUAAUUUAUACUGAUCCCAGUGAUAGAACUGUGAACAUAAUGAAGAAUACACAGAUACAGGCAGUGAUCAGACUACGGGGGUGGUGUCCUCUCCAUUUCUGCAUUACCUCCUCUGGUGACCUCCUGGUUGUCAUGAUCACUGAUGAUAAGAAACAAGCAAAAGUUGUGCGUUAUUCUGGCUCCACAGAGAAACAAACUAUUCAAUACAAUGACAAAGGACAACCUCUCUAUACUUCAUCUGAUUAUGAAUACCCUAAAUACAUCAGUGAGAACAAGAACCUAGAUAUCUGUGUAGCUGACUAUGGAGCCCAUGCAGUAGUGGUGGUCAAUCAGGCUGGGAAACUCCGGUUUACAUACGGUCCUCCCUCUUCUACCAAGGAACUAUUUAGUCCAAUCGGCAUCACUACAGACAGCCAGGGUCGGAUCCUGAUAGCAGACAUUAACAACCACCGUAUCCACAUCCUGGAUCAGGACGGACAGUUCCUCCGCUACAUUGACAACUGUCAUUUACAGCAUCCAUUCGGUUUAUGUGUGGACACCAGAGACAAACUCUUUGUGGCUGAGAGGGACACAGUUAAAGUGAAGAAAAUCCAGUAUUACAUGUAAACAAACUGUGAUCAUAAUAUUAACUGUCUACAGAGUGAACAUCAAAUGUCUAUGUAAAUAAACUGAUUGUGUUUAUAUAUUAUAAUACAUCACCAAACUAUCUAGAACUAUAUAAAAUCCAUGUAUUACCAAACCGUGAUCGUUUUAUAUGUUAUGUUUCAUCAAGUUAUAAUUCAGAGACUGUGUAUUGUUCGUGUACAUAUGAUUACUUACUAUCUGUAUAUUUUACAUGUAAAUAAACUGGUUUUAUAUGUAAAUAAAUGUAAAUAAUCAGUAUUUUGUUAAUGUGGUUUCUUAUAUCAUAACAUUAAAGGCUGU